GAGUGAGGCAACAUGGUGCGAUGGUCAGUCCUGUCUUGUGCGUGAGGCUUACAGCAAGGUAUCACCCUCAGCUCAAUUGUUAGUCAUUCGUAAUAACAAGGUCGUUAUCGAAUGGUAUUAGGUCACCAUGGAGGACGACGUUAUCAUGCCGGACGACUUUGCGGAGGAAGACCUCUUGUCUCAGAUGAACUGGCCAGACCUUGACUUGGAUGACAUUAAGGACUUAGGUCUUGUGGAUUGGAAUGAAAGUGAUGUCAUGCCUCAUGGUGGAGUUGGUAGUGGACGAAUUAAUCAGCAAGCACCAGCAUCUAUACCAAGCAACACCUCGACUCCCUCUCAUGGGAGCAGCUUCAACACGACUCCCAGUAGUAGUAUUGGCAACACCAGUUUCUUGAACAGCAGUGAGAGUUUUCUCAACCAUAGUGGCUAUCAGAUAUCAAAGGUAUCAUCCCAACAGCAACAAUCACUGCAACAACCACAACAACAACCACAACAACAACAACAACAACAACAACCACAACAACCACAUCAGCAGCAACUAGUUGUGACCUCCAUAGGUGGAACACAAGUGAGACAGGUGGCACACGUUACCCCUCGUGUUAGUCCGACUUCCAUCAUCAAUGUCCCUCAGUCUGUGGUGACCAAUAAUGGGCUUAACCAAUCCCCACAGCUUCAACAACUACUCUCACAACAGCAAAUCAAUAUCUCACAGCAGCAGCAAAGCACAGUAACCCAGAUCCAGCCACAAACUGUCCAGGUACAACCCCAACUUCAGCAAGUGACCAUACCACAAAAUAUUGCCAAGAGGGUGGUCACUACUUGUGUUUCACAGGUGGUCCAGCAGCCAUCACUGAUACAACAGCUAGUGAUACCCAAAUCAGAAACUCUGACAACUUCAUCUUCAGGCCAGUGUAUUACUGUACCUCACACGGUUUAUUAUAAAGCAACGCCCACAAUAGCAACAAUCACAACACCCAUUCAGAACCUCGGUCAAACUACAGUUGUCACGGGCAUUCCUCUCAUGUUAGAAUCUGACCGUGUACCCCUGGCUCGAGUGGUUAGUUCGGCAAACAAGCCAAUGAUUGUACCACAGAAGGGAGAGAAGCGUAAUUCUCACAAUGCCAUAGAGAAACGUUACAGAAGCUCUAUUAAUGACAAGAUAUUGGAGCUCAAGAAUCUUGUUGCAGGUGAAGAGGCAAAGCUUCACAAGUCUCAGAUUUUGAAAAAGGCUAUAGACUACAUAAGAUACCUGCAGACACAGAAUUCUCGAUUAAGAACAGAACUCAACACAUACCGAAUGCGUGAUGGUAACCAGAAAAUCACGGAUUUGCUUGUUGGAUCAUACACACCGCCUCCAUCAGACAUAUCCUCGCCUGUUAGGUCACCACUCUCAGAGUCUUCAUUACCUCCAUCACCCAAAUCAACCAAGUUGGAAGUCAAGGAAGAGCAGUUGCCAUCACCAGGAACCACUCCACCGUACAUGACAAUGGCUCGUUCAUUGACGGAUAGCUCACGCAUGACGCUGUGCAUGAUGAUGUUAACUGUCCUUGCUUUCAACCCUAUGAGCUUGUUUGCGAAACAUCUUGCACCCGGUUAUUCUUGGUCAUAUGAUGAAGUUCCAGGAAGAACUAUUCUUGAAAUGGAUUCAGUUGAAGGUAAAUUCUCAUUCCAAAACUUCCUGUAUUCUUCAUUUACCGUGUGGAUGGUCAACUUCGCCAUCAUCGCUAUGUUUCUUGUGAGGAUAUUUGUCUAUGGAGAACCCAUCAUGAGGAGAAAGUCUAACACAGCAGAGAGCUUUUGGCGUCACCGCAAGCAGGCAGAUCUCGACUUGUCUAAGGGUAAUUACAGCAGUGCCUACCAACAGUACAGUUUGUCUCUAAUGGUUGUUGGACGACCAUUACCAAGUAACUUAUUGGAGAAGGCGUUUUCAGUCCUGUGGCAAGGGAUCCGUCAGAUUCUUCAGCGUCUAUACUUGGGACGAUGGCUGGCAAAGCAUGCUGGUGGACUUUUUCUUGAACAAUCAGUUCGUGAAGAGAUCCAGGAGAGUAUGUGUGAGUGUGCCUAUGUAUAUCAUAGGUUACAUAAACUGCAUCUGAUGGGACACUCACAGGAUUCAUCCACUCUCCUUGGCCUGUACUUAGCAAUGACGACAACGAACCUGGCUGAGUGCGGCAGCGUUGCAGGUGGAGACAUGGCUGAGAUGUUGGUCAUGUGUGCCCUCAGGGCCAAAGAAUCUCUACCGGAGCGCUGGCGUAUUCUCUCUCGUAUGUUAUUAGCUCAGGCAAAGCACAAAUUUUCCAAGACUGAUCAGACAAGUUUUUCUACCAUACAUUGGCUCUUUACUCCAUCUGGGAAAAGGUUCUUUGUUUCUCAUAAAUGGUCUUAUGAUGCCCAUCGAGAGAGUAUGUUUAGCCAGCUUACAAAUAAAGCUGAUCCCUUGGCUUACCUACUGCUGCUCUACAGGGAACAUCUUCUUGAGCGUGCAAUAACUACCCUGGUUAACCCUGGCAACAGAGCAGAUGAUGCAUGUGAGGAAAAUGCUCAGCGUCGUACCAAAACCUCAGAUGUACUGGACUAUAUACAUCGCUUGAAUGAAACCUACAAUGGAUCCGGCACAUCACUUGGUGUUUCUUGUCGUGAUGAGGUGUGUUGCUGGUGGGGUGCAUUGUUUGGUGUUGUGGCACACUGGUUGCUGGGUGAAGAUGACCAAGCAGAGUCCUUGUACUCCUCCCUUGAGAACAUUCCUGAGGCUCUAAAAGGUUCAGAUGAUCCUCUGCCAUUGGCUGUUCUAAAUGCUGCCAGAGCUCGGCGUCAAGUGGGCCACAGUUCUCCGUCAUCUGUGCUCCGCCUAUGUGAGCGUGCUGGCUCUGCGCUGAGUGACUCUAUACACCAAGCGUCUUACAAGCAACCAAACUCCAUGAUCCAGAGUGUACAGCUGAUAGUUGUGGACUGGCUCCUUGGUGUGCGAACUGUGGUGUGGGAGGGAGAGUCUGCUGCUGACUGUGACACUAUUACUGUGGCCCCGGCUCAUGUCCUUCAAGGUUUCCAGCACGAUUUGGCUUUGCUACGGAAACUCGUUCAGCACAUACCCGGUGUACUGACGCGUGUCUUCUUGCAUGAAGCAACUCUGCGGAUGAUGGCUGGAGCCUCACCAGCUAGAACACAGCAGUUACUGGACAGGUCUCUUAGGCACAGAUCUAACAAGCCUUCUGUAAUAUGUGGAAAGGAUAAGAAACUGGGGAGUUUGUCAGGUGAACGAGAACAUGCCACAGCACUGAUGUUGGCCUGUAGGCACCUUCCUUCUCCUCUACUCUCUUCUCCUGGUGAACGUGCGGGAAUGCUGACAGAAGCAGCAAAAACACUCGAAAAAAUAGGGGAUAAAAGAAGACUUCAAGAUUGUUACACGCUCAUGAAGAGUCUAGGUACUGGAGUGUCUUCAUAUGGUUAAUUGAAGAUUUAAUCAUUUGUAAUUUUUUCUACAUGAUUUAUGUACAGUAUUUUAAAAAUGUAUGAUAUAAGUGAGCAUUGUUGAGUUUAAUUGUGAUGUGUCUAAUUGUAAUUUUUUAAUACAUUGUAUGAUUGAUAUUUAUCAUACUUUUGCAGUUUGGGGGCCUGUAAGCUGCUGCAACUUUUUUAUUUUAUUUUUUAUUUUACUUUGUUAUUAAAAUAAAUUUACCCUCAUUGACCAAAGACAUCAGUUUUGAAAGAAUGUUGUUUGUACGUGGACUACAUAGUAUGCAAGUGAGGAUUUAAUUGUGUAUAUAUAUAUUUAUAUAUAUAUGUGUAUAUAUAUACACACAGUAUGUAGUAUAUACAGUAUAUGAAAUUAUUUUUCUUAGCCCAGAAAGUGAUUAUCAUUAUCCUGUGGUAAUAUGUGAGCUGUUAGCCACCACAAAAUAAUGUGUGGAAUUUUCACGCCAUCAAAAAAAAUUUGCUUGAUUUUCACAUUCCCUUAUAUAUACAGUGUGUUUUCGUCAGAACUGUAAGUAUCAUCUAUUUAAAGGGAAAAUGUGCUGUAUUGGUAAAAAUAAAAAAAUUAAAGUACA